AGAGCCUCUGUGAGUUCUUAAAAUUCUACAUUCAAAGCUAGAACCAGUGGGUGGAGGCGUGCCUCUCAAAUCCUCAGCUAUGGGUACACCAAUCUUGUCAUUCUUGUCACGUUAGAGUCAGACCAUCCUUCAAGAUCAGGAGAGCUAUCACCUCUAAGGAUCGUUGCAUCAUUGCUUCCCUCGUUUGCAUCUAUUAGAGAAUUUGUUUGACCGCUUAUAGUUGGCAAGGGUUAGUGAGUGCUAAGCAGGCCAGCUUUCUCACCCGGUAGUUCUGGGCACUACUCUGGGUGCUCCUCAUGAGCUGAGCGGGGCGAAGGCGCCUGCGAGGCGAUGUAACUGUUUGGGAGGAAGGGCAGCCUUCUUCCACCUGGUUCAGCAAGGAUGGUGUUCUUUUUCAAAGCCCGGCCGUCGGUUGGGGACAUCAUGAUAUACAUGGGGCUGGACAAGUACGAGAAUGAGGACCUGAUCAAGUACGGCCUGCCGGAGGACGUCUGGUUCCACGUGGACAAGAUGUCGUCGGCGCACGUGUACUGCCGCCUGGCCAAGCACCAGUCCAUUGAGAGCAUGUCGGAGGAGCUGCUGGAGGACUGCGCCCAGCUGGUCAAGGCCAACUCCAUCCAAGGCAACAAGGUGAACAACGUGGACGUGGUGUACACGCCGUGGGCCAACCUGAAGAAGACCCCCGGCAUGGACGUCGGCCAGGUCGGCUUCCACAGCGGCAAGGCGGUCAAGACCGUCCGGGUGGAGAAGCGGCUCAACGAGGUGGUGAACCGACUGAACAAGACGAGGGUCGAGAGGAAGGUGGACCUCAAAGCGGAGCGCGAAGCGUACGAUGCCGCGGAGAGGGCGGUCAGGAAACAGCAGGCCAAGGAAAAGAUGAAGCGCGAGCUGGAGGCCAAGGCGCAGAACGAGCGGGACAAGGAGCUGCAGAGCUACAAGGGGCUGAUGGACAAGAGCACCAAGAUGGUGUCCAACAAGGACAUCGACCUCAAGGGCAAGUCCGUGCGCGAGAUCGAAGAGGACUUCAUGUAGCCGUGCACCAGGGUAGCUCGUCGGCUGUUGUCGCUUAGGCGGAUGAGGGAUGGAUUGAUUCACCUGAUGCAUUAUGCAGCCUGUGGAUCCGAGGCAGGUAGCUUUUUGUUAAGCUGCCGAGAGAAAUGCCCAAGUAAAUUGAAGGUACCGGGUUUUCCAACGCCUGUACCCCGACAUGCAACGUGAAUUGGGACUCGAUCAAGAGCUCGCACAAUGAUGUCAACUUGAUUACAUCCACAGCACCGUGACAAGGACACUAGUAUGCCAAAGAGAAUUCUCACUGGCAGUGCGACCAUUAAUGGUCGCAUGGGCUACCUGGAGUGAUACAUGUAGAGGACCUUCAAGCCGAAGUACGGAGGAAGGUAUCCUCAGUCCGAAGCGAAGGAAGACCUGCGUAUUCUGUCCCGUCCUCAAUGGCUGAUUGAGGCUAAGGGGUUCAUAUGAUGAAUUUUCAUUUCUCCCGGUAGUUACGCCAUGAUGAGGUAGCAUGUCAUCUGAGUCAUGUUGCUUUGU